CAUAUAGUAGUUUCCAUGACAGUGUUGCAGAAUAAGCCUAAGAAGGUCCUCAUAGUAGGAGCUGGUCCUUCAGGCCUAGCAACAGCUGCUUGUCUAAGUGCAUCCUCAAUUCCUUACACAAUUCUCGAACGCGAAGAUUGCUAUGCUUCCCUUUGGCAAAAACGAGCUUAUGAUCGGCUAGGUCUUCACUUGGCUAAGAGUUUUUGCUCUUUGCCGUUCAUGCCACACCUGUCCACAACUCCUACUUUCAUGCCAAAAGCAACUUUCCUUUCCUACUUGGAAAACUAUGUAUCCAAAUUUAAUAUUAACCCUUUGUACCGUCGUUCUGUUGAAUUAGCAUCCUAUGAUGAAGGUGAAAAGCAAUGGAGGGUUGAAGCCAAGAACUUUGCCUCAGGGGAAACUGAAGUUUUUUAUGCAGAUUUCCUGGUCAUAGCAAGUGGGGAAAACGAUGAGGCUUUUAUCCCGAAAGUGCAUGGACUUGAGACUUUUGAAGGUGAGAUCAUACACUCUAGUCAGUAUAAAUGUGGUGAGAAGUACAAGGACAAACAUAUCUUAGUUGUUGGAAGUGGGAACUCUGGAAUGGAGAUUAGUGAUGAUCUUUCUGAUUACGGAGCUUGCACUUGUGUCGUAAUCAGAAGUCCGUUCCAUGUGCUGACCAAACGAAUGGUGCAUGUGGGGAUGUGGAUGCUAAAAUUCAUGCCGGUUGAGGCCGUAGACUUUAUAAUAUCACUAGUGGCCAGAUUUUCGUUUGGGGAUUUGUCUAAGAUUGGGAUUCCUAAACCCAAAAAAGGUCCAUUUCAGCUCAAAACAAUCUCGGGAAAAACUCCAGUCAUUGAUACUGGAAGCAUUGAGAAGAUUCGGAACAAGAAAAUCAAGGUUUUACCUGGAUUAGUAGAAGUGAAAAGAAACAAGGUAGUGUUCGAGAAUGGUGAAGAGCUGAGGUUUGAUGCAAUCAUAUUUGCAACUGGUUACAGAAGUGCGGCAAAGAACUGGCUCAAGGAUUACAAAUAUGUACUGCAGGAGGAUGGUAUGCCGAAAAAUGAAUAUCCAAGCCAUUGGCAGGGAGAGAAAGGGCUGUAUUGUGCGGGAAUGUCUGGGAGAGGACUGUCUGGAGUUUCUUCGGAUGCAAUAAAUAUAGCAAAUCACAUUGCUCAAUCGGUCUCCCAUAAAAAGGAGAAAGACGAUGUUACCCUUCUUGCUUUUUUUUAAAAGUUCGCUUUCAGUUUCUGAGCUCUCUUUGCUUGUAUUAUAUUAUGAUUAGAGCUGUGUGGAACUUCGCUAGCUUUUUUCAUACAUAUGGAUCAGUAAGAAUUGCUUGUAAUGUAUGGGUGUAAGACUUUUAUUAUAUAUGUAUACAUGUAUAAAGUAUGCUUGUAUUUUAUCCCAGUUUAAAACCGUUUUUUAUAUAUAAA